UCGUAGCGUGUACUAAUUUUAUCAACAAACGAUCCUUUCUAUAAAAGUUUAAUCUGGAAAGUAUUUCUCGUAGUCUAUUGAAAAUAUGUAAUUGCUGCACGGUUUAAAAGUUUGAACAGAUUAUCUGAUUAUAAUCAAUGGAUCGAAACAAGCGUAAACCAUGGAAAAAGAAUCUAUACGAAAAUUUAGACUAUGAGGAUAACUACACCGAUCCGAGCUUCCUCCAGGAUUUAAAAACUAAUCACAAUCUUGAAACUUAUACAUUCUACGAAGCAUUUGCUGGUGCCUCACGCUUAAGCCAACAGAUCACAAUUGUUACCACAUUCUUGAUUGUGUUCCACUAUCUUUAUACUGAAGCAGUUAGUCCGCAAAACAUUCUGGCUAAAGCGAGUAUUAUAACAAUAAUAGGUUAUUUCAUUUACACCGGGAAAAACUUUCGUCUGAACAAUGCUGUGGAAGAUUCAAAAACCGCAAUGGCUGUGCUAGUGUUCGGAUAUAUCUUCUCACCGCUAUUGCAUACCUUAACGGACAGCGUCAGUACUGAUACGAUUCUUUCGACGACCUUCGUUAUGUUGGCCUUACAUCUAAUAUUUUUCGAUUACGGAAUAUCUGCUGCGAUUGUAUCGAAAGCGAUAUCGCUGAACACGGCUAUCUUCGGAUCAAUAUGCUUGGCCUCCCGAUUAUCGUCGUCGUUUCACGCGUUUGUACUGCUCGAGGUUGCCGCAGUUUACUUUGCUCUAGGACCAAUCUUGAUAGCCCGGAUUUUUAGUAUCCCGCUACUGUUGGCUACAAUCACCGUCUGCUUCUAUUUUCUGUUCAACAUUUCGCUAACCAUAUUCUGGAUAUACAUCUGUGUGCUUGGUUUUAUCAAUUUCUGUUGUCCGUUCCUGUUUGUACACUUGCAGAAACAUAAAAACAACAUUCAUGGACCGUGGGAUGAAGCAAUCGUGAACGACAUGUCAUGUACAUAAUUGUUCUGUGAAGAAUUGAGAUGAAGUUCUAGUCGUUUUUUAAAUACAGAUUAUAAAAUUCUAA